CACCUACUGCAACAUCCGACCUAGGCCGCGUCAGGCCGCCCAGGCCGUUUGGGUUCCCGCGCCAAGGAGGUUGCUGCACCCUGCCACCAGUCAUCAGUUCACCCAUCCAUGGCCACAACAUCGACGCGAAACCACGAGUAACGUUGUCUCACCAUUCGAUUGCGAGGCAAACCACCAGCACGCGCUCUUUGGCCUUUCCACGUCUGAAGACAAUUGUCCACGGGCCGAGCAUUGCCUGGUCUUCGGCUCCACUGAUUUGGUCUCAGCCAGGCUCCAGCUGUCCCUGCGGUACCGGGAGUGAUGCAAUCAUAACUCCCCGCCGAUAGCUUUCAUUCUGCUCCCGACGAGACACCGUCGCCAUCAGCUCCCGGACACCCAGAAUAGCUUCAGCACGAGAGUCCUCUUCGAUACGAAAUGGCUUGGACAGUCUUCAGGAUAGCGGCGGACUUGUCGCAUAUCACGGCGAAAUGCAUCCUCAUAUUCUCCAUUCAUAAGAACAGGAGCGCUGAAGGUGUCUCGCUCCUGACCCAGCUGUUCUACGCCCUCGUGUUCGUGGCUCGCUACACAGACCUGUUCAGCGAGUCCUACGCAUGGAACUACUUCUUCAAGGUCUUCUAUCUACUCUCAUCUUUCUAUACCAUUGCCAUUAUGCGCUUCAUCUACCCGCGCACGCGUGAGCGCGAGGUGGCCUGGAAGCUGAGCGCCGUGAUCCUGGCCGGGUGCUUGGUACUCUCCCCAUUUGUCAUGCUCAUCUUUGAAAACAAGGCAUACUGGAGUUUUCAAGAGUUCCUCUGGGUCUUCUCCCAAGUCCUCGAAUCCGUCUGCGUCCUCCCGCAGCUCCUCCUGCUCCGCCAGACCACCGUCCCGACCGUCAUCACGUCCUUCUAUAUCGUCUUCCUCGGCUCGUACCGCGGCCUCUACCUGCUCAAUUGGCUGUUUAAGGAGCUCGACACGAACAUGAAGAAGCCGAACCCGAUCUCGGUCAUAUUCGGCAUCAUCCAGACGGCGCUCUACGUCGACUUUGCCUGGGUGUACUGGUCGCGCCAGCGCGUGAAGCUGCGCAACGGCGGCAUCGUCGACGCCGACGAUCUGUCGCGCGGCUGGCUGCUGCGGCGCAUCUUCGGGAGCAAGCAGUUUGCGCGCGACAUCGACGGCGACGCUACGGACGACGAAGAGAGCGCGCCCGCUCUGGGCGCCAGCAGCAACACCAACAACCAACGAGGCGGCGUGCCGCGGCCUAAAUGGGGAUCGCGCGGCAUCUCGAUUAGCGCCGACGAGGGUGUGCUGGAGCAAGACCAGGAGCACGAGCAGGGCGUGACGGAUGCGUCGACCGUGGACCCAGACGCCAAGAUGCGCGAUCCGGAUGAGCUGGCGCGGGCGCUGGACGAGGAGGAGGAUGACGAUCUGGGUGCGCUGCAGUCAUCAUCCUCGUCCUCGUCUGCGCAGCAGAGCAAGCAGGCGCAUACCGACUCUAAGGGACAGCCGAGCGGGGUGCCCAGCGGGGUGCGGAGUGGGGAGGAGUGGGAUGAUGAUUGAGUCCCUCUUCGUUGCGAUUGAGCCAACAAGAUCUCGAGAUGAGCCAGAGGAUCAACCAAACAGCUGCAUUGGUGGGCUGCGCAACUGUUUAUAUUGCCAUAUCACCCAAAGUAAUCUUCCUCAAGCAGCAGCAAUCGGAUGGCCGAUGGAUGGUUGGAUGGAGGCAAGGCUCUACUCCGAUAUUUCAAGUGUGUUGAAAAGAGAACAGUGGAUAGGGUGCUGUAUGUUAGUAGUCUGGUCUGGUCGUUUUGGAUUUCUGGUCACUGGGUUAUUUGUUUAUUCGGUAAAAGGCUUCUACUUUCGGGUACACUGGCAUUCCGGUGCCCGGCAUGUCUUGGGUGUUGGGGAGUCUGGUACGGAGACUUUGUUCGGAAUGGGGAUUCAAGCUGGGGUUGGUCCAUCUCUUAGUUGUCCAGAGGGACGACAGCUGG